UUUUGAGAGCAAAAUCCCUGGGUUUAAGACUAGGGUUUAUCAAUGGCCGUUUUCUGUUGAAAUUGCAGGACUACACACUUGUAUUUUACUGUUAUAGUUAACUUUCACUAGUCAAUCUCAUAGCUUUGUAGAUGUCCGGAGCAUCCAACACCACUUCAAUGGAUGCAUACGUUUCUUCUCUCUCCAACAGCUUCCGGCAAGUCCCUCCGGUGGCCGUACCGGCAAUGUUGGACUGCGUCACUGCUUCCACAAGCUUGACCCCAUCGUCUCUCUUAUCUGCGCUUUUGGAUGCUUUUCCUCAUCUUACUAAGGACAUUCUCCACCGUGGUGAAAAGUUCGAUACUGUUACUUGUAAUUAUCUCAGGUCCUUCAUUUCCGCUCUUUGUCACUUGCUAAAGAAGCCCGGAGCAAAUCUUGGUCUAUUGCAGGCAUAUUUUCGCUACGUUUUAGCUCCGAUGACAAGGCAACUGCACCCAGAUGAUUUUAACAUACUCAGUGAGACUGUGGCUUCAUUCAUUGAUGCUGCGAAUGAGACAAAUAAUUGGGAGGUUGUAGAAACAACUUUGUUUCCCUUUUUCCUGAGAUUGGUUGGCACGUCUAUGGGAAUGGUCCAAAGUGAAGAGAUGGCAGUUUACCAAUGGAGUAGAUUCUCCUUCUUCCAGACUUGCAAGGAUCAAGAAACUGAUACAGAAAUCAAAGCAGAUGCAAUUCCAUUGCAUGUUUCUUGCAAAAUUCUAGCAUCAGUAUUGGAGAUUGCUCUGAGUCAAUAUUCAAGUAGGCCUGUUGCUGGAAAGAUUGCAGGAAAUAUGCUUUGGGAUCUAAGUAGCAUGGCCCUACGAAUGCUUAUGGAUGCUGUUGAACCUCGAUCUUCCGCAAUAAGAGUUCUUUUACCCAGCAUAUUCAAAGCAUUUCUUUUUUGCAAUUCUUUUGAAGUUAUGGCUGGUGGACAAGUAAACGUCCUUUCCAGGGAAUAUUUCUUUGAGAAAAUAUGGAUGUGCUGCAGAGAUCUUUUCCCAUUGGGAAGGAUAGAGAGAGCAGAUGCAUAUAGUGUGCUUUCUUUGUAUUUCUCCAAUUUCCUUAAUGGAUAUGAAGGAUCUAAUGCAAUUAACAAGGGAAAAGGAUUUGAUAUUAGAGCGGAAACAGAUUUUUGGAGUGAAAUAAAAAGAGGCUUGGUUGAUGAUGAGGGCAUAGUGAGGAAACAAUCACUGCAUAUACUGAAGAUGGUUUUACAGUUAGAUGAGUUAAUUCAUCCAGACAUUUCUGAUAGGUUGUCAAAUUCAAAAAGUUCUACAACUCAUGCUUUAACAAAAAAGGAGCGAUGGGCUGAAACUGAAGCCAAAUCAUUGGGCGUUGGGAAAGAAUAUGACACACAUCAUAAAUGGGGAGCAUUCUUUCUUCUGUAUGAAAUGCUGGAAGAAUAUGGUACUCACCUGGUUGAAGCCGCUUGGAACCAUCAGAUAACUUUGUUAUUGCAUUCUUCCGUAGAAUGUGGUGUUACUUCAAGCCAUAUUUGUGAAGGACUUCAUCAGAAUGAAAUAGGGGCAUCAUCAGAAAUGUUUAGUUGGUUAAUUAUUUUGUGGGAGAGGGGAUUCUCACAUGAUAACCCUCAUGUUCGAUCCUUGAUCAUGGACUCUUUUUUGGACAUAGAGUGGUCCAGCUAUGGAAGUUGUGUGAAACUUGUCCCUGAAGUAUUCCUGCUUGGUCCAUUUAUUAAAGGAUUAGAUGAUCCUGUGCAUCAUAAAGAAUUUGGAGCUAAAGGCAACUACUCUUCAAGGACUAUCAAAGGUGCAGUGAAAUUUUUUCACCAAUAUUCUAGUUACCUAAAUUCAAGGAAACAUAUUAGUUUCCUGAGGAAUUUAGCCUCUGUUGCUAGAAAGCAUUCCUUUGGGCGAGCUGGAUUGAUGAGCCUUGCAGAAUGCAUUGCUUCAGCUGCUAUUGGAGCUCGAGUUCACAGGAAUGGAGUUGUUAAAUUGUCCAAUGGUCCUGACAUGGUCUCAGUUGAAGCUGUUACAGAAAGUGUCCCUCACAGUGAGGACAUAAAAUUGCUGGAUGUUUUGAGAUAUGUAAUCGAGAAUAGCAAACAACAUUUCAAUCCUAAAUAUCGUCUUCAAGUUUGUGAAAAGAUCCUGGAUGCCAUUUCUUCAACUAUUCAUGCAUUUGAUGUGCCUUUUGAGGUCCUUCUGCUCUUCAUUUCAGCCGUGCCCCGGGAAUUUUCUGAUUAUGGUGGUCCUUUAUAUGAGAAAGUACAUGAAUGGUUGCAAGCUCCAAUUCACAAGCAUCUUGAUUCAAGUUGUUGGUGCUCCAAGCUUUGGGAAAAUAUUAGUAAUUUUCCUUUAAGUUUCAUUCGUUCCAACUGUUCCAAUGGUAUUCCUGUUACUUACAAUGAUGAGGAGAUAGAUGCCUGGGAAUCUGAAGCAAAGAGAUGGGCUAAAGUUGUUUUUCUUGUAACCAACAGGGAUUCUGAUUUAGACCCCAUAUUGAUGCUUCUUCGAGUUCAGGGAACUGAUUUCUGCAAAGAAAGCUAUCAGUCUGACACGUCUGUGAAGUUUCUUAUCCUUAUUUCCAGUCUAGUUCAAGAGCUUGAGAUUAUGCAACAGAGAAUCAGUGACGGUGGAAUGAAAAUCACAAGCACCAAAGGAGAUGUUACAUACAAAGUUGACCAUUUUAGUUCUGCGGCAACUAACACCCUUUUCAAGAAGUUUGCUGAUUUGUUUCUCUCAUUCUUGGGUCCUUUUGUUUCUUUUGCCACGUCCUCUUGCUCCGUGUUUUGGUCUGGUGAUUUGAUGGUAGACAACAAUCUACCUUGUUCUGUUCGAGGAAAACUUGGAGGACCAAGUCAGCGUCGACUUUCAUCAUCUACUACUGCUUCUGUGCUACAAGCUAUAAUUUCUGUGAAGGCAGUUGCAUCCAUAUCUUUGUGGUGUGUGAAGCUGAAAAGUGGCCAUUCUCUCAAGUUUGCUUUCACCUUUUUGUGGGAUUUCUUCUGGAAACUUGUUUCAUCUCCAAAAUGUGAUUCUGAGACUGCAGCAGAAAUCUACCUGGGGGCAUAUGAAGCACUAUCUCAUGUUCUAAAGACCAUCGUGUUUGCAUUCACUCCUUUAUCUCUGGAUAUUGUUAUAAACAAUGACAAACUAUUGUCAAGCAACGCAGAGUGUUGUGGUCCACUAGAUGGUCUAGCCCUUUCUUUUGUCCAGAACAUCAGUGAUCUCAUUGCAGUUGAACAUUUAGCACGUAGUCGCCGGGCAGUUUUGAUCAACAUGAAGUGGACCUGCCUGGAACUUUUGCUGUCAAUUCCAAGCCGUGCUUUUCAGGAUGGAGUUUCUAAAGAGAACACUUAUUUCUUCUCAAAAACCAGGCUUCAAGAGAUAUUUGGUGAUCUUGUUGAUAGCCUUGAGAAUGCUGGGGAUGCUUCAGUUUUGCCCAUGUUGAGGUCAAUCAGAUUGGUACUGGAACUGUUCGGCUCCAUCGGUGUGGGCUCGAGUUUGUCCUCAGUUGAUGGAUCGGAUGUACAGAUAGUGUGGCGUUUGGUUCAAUCUUCUUGGAUAUUGCAUGCAAACAGCAGUAAGCGCAGGGUUGCACCUAUUGCUGCACUUUUGUCAUCUGUUCUGCAUUAUUCAUUGUUUCCGAAUGAAAACAUGCAUGAAUCUAACUCUGAACCUGGUCCUCUAAAGUGGUUCAUUGAGAGAAUUCUUGAAGAUGGCAAAAGAAGUCCACGGACUACUCGUCUUGCAGCACUUCAUUUAACAGGGCUAUGGCUCUUAUAUCCUCAUACUAUAAAGUACUACAUGAAGGAGCUGAAUCAGUUGACUCUUUAUGGUUCUGUUGCCUUUGAUGAGGACUUUGCAGCGGAGCUGAUCAGUAAUGAUGAUGCAAAAACUGAAUUGGCGUUGUUAGCUAAAAGCCCAGAUGCUGAGCUCACUGAAGAAUUUGUCAACACAGAGUUGUUUGCUCGUGUAUCAGUUGCUGUUCUUUUCCAGAAGUUGGCAGAUUUAGCGGCUAAAGUGGACUCAGAUAAUAUCAAGGAAGUCUGCCAUGUUGCCCUUGAAUCAGGCAGAAUGUUCUUGCUUGAGUUGCUGGAUUUUGCGGUUAAUGACAAAGAGAUUUCAAAGGAGUUGUACAAAAAGUAUAGUGGGGUACACAGGCGUAAAAUUCGUGUUUGGCAAAUGAUCUGUAUUUUGUCACCAUUUGUUGAUGAAGAAACAGUGGACAAAGUUACAUCAUCCAUGCACAUCUGCCUCGAUAGAAACAAUCUACCAGCUGUUCGCCAAUACUUGGAAACUGUUGCUAUCAAUAUAUAUUUGAAAUUCCCAUUGCUGGUUAAGGAUCAGUUACUUCCGAUUUUUCUUGACUACGAUAUGAGGCCUCAGGCUCUGUCCUCUUACGUAUUUAUUGCUGCUAAUGUCAUUAUGCAUGCAUCACCGGAAGUUCAGCAAAAGCACUUGGAAGAAUUGCUUCCCCCCAUAAUCCCAUUGUUGACCUCACAUCACCACAGUCUAAGAGGUUUUACACAGUUACUUGUUUACCAAAUUUUUAGGAAGUUGCUUCCUUCACUGGACUCUUCCACUUACGAAAUAUUGCCUCUAGAAAAAAAGUGCUUUGAAGAUUUGAAAUCCUACUUAGCAAAGAGCCCUGAUUGUACACGCUUACGAACAUCAAUGGAAGGCUAUCUGGAUGCUUUUAAUCCAAAGGACUCUGUCACCCCUGCUGGAAUUUUUUCUAACCGGGUCGAUGAGAGUGAGUUUGAAUGUGUACCAAUGUGUCUUAUGGAACAAGUAAUCAAUUUCCUAAAUGAAGUAAGAGAAGGCCUUAGAACUUCAAUGGCUAAGGAUGCUGAAACUAUCAAGAGUGAGAGCCUAAGACUUACCAAGGAACCCCCAAGUGCAGGAAUGUUAGAUGAUGAAGGCAGAGAGAAAUUGCUUAGCCAGGCUCAUGAUGAUAUAUUAAUGAAUUUCCAGAGAAAGAUUACUGUGUCCACCAACCAUGAGAAGCAUGAAGUUUCAGAUCAUAAUGAUUCCUUCAGUAACAAAGACUACUUAGCUCCUCUCUUUGCAAUGGAAAAGGAAGAUCAGCUUCUUGAUCAGUUAUUGCACUCAGAAGCUGCAGCCGUAGAGAAGAUAACAGGUGGUCGUCAACAUUUAAUUCUUGUGGCGUCACUACUUGACAGGAUUCCAAACCUUGCUGGCUUAGCACGAACAUGUGAGGUUUUUAAAGCAUCUGGUUUAGUUGUUGCUGACAAAAGUAUAAUGAAAGACAAGCAGUUUCAACUUAUCAGUGUGACAGCUGAGAAGUGGGUUCCAAUGAUAGAAGUCCCAGUUAAUAGUUUGAAGGUUUUCUUAGAGAGAAAGAAGCAAGAUGGUUUUGCUAUCUUGGGUUUAGAGCAAACCGCAAACAGUGUAUCUCUUGACAAGUAUGCUUUCCCCCAAAAAACGGUGUUGGUUCUUGGGCGUGAAAAGGAGGGGAUACCGGUGGACAUAAUUCAUAUGCUAGAUAAAUGUAUAGAAAUACCGCAGUUGGGUGUUGUGAGAUCACUCAAUGUACAUGUCAGCGGUGCCAUUGCACUAUGGGAAUAUACUCGACAGCAAAUGUCCCUAAAGAGCUGAAUUUGUUCUUCAACAUAAAAGGAAAGGUCUGUUUGUUCUUGUUAUUUAUCUUGUGGGACUACAAUGUUCCUGCCAUUUAUUUGGAAAACCUGGAAGAGUGGUAUAAAUUAAUUUGAUAGAAAGAUUUAGGUUCUAUAGAAAUGGUAUAGUCAUUUAUUUAAUCUCUGUAUCAAUGUACUCUAUCAAUCAUGAAAAAAUCUACAAGUUUGUUGAAAUAUUUUUAUAUAAUUUUCUUAAUAAACAUGUU